AUGGAGAACAUCAUUGGCCAUGGCAAGCUUGGCGACGACCUGUGCAGUGGUUUUGAAGUGCAAAUGAUCCUACCUGGAUUGGCAGAGUUCUCACACUCUCAACAGGAAUGUUUAUUUCAUAAGCUUUGUUAUGAGCUCGACCAGUAUUAUGACAAUACACUGAUUGAGUUUUACGAUAGAGACAGCGACUACCCAUCAAGUGAUGGCUCAACCAGCUCGGAAGAUGGAACCGAAGAUUACAGCGAUGACGACUACUGGGAACAAUCAGAGCUUACCGAGGAUGAAAAGUUUGAACUAGGAGUUGAGCUCGCGUUGUGUGCGAACGAGGAUCUCAGCAUACCUCCAAUGCACUAUUGUUAG